ACCGACUGUCUGGGGGGUGGUUGUAAAGGUUGGUUCCUAUCGCUUCCAGAAGCUAUGAAUUUUUAAAACUUUAAAGGCAGCCUAUGGAAGAAUACAAAGCUGGAUGGCAACUUUUUAAAUGGAGCAACGGCUUUAAACAGUUUUGGAAGCGACCACGCUCUGAGGAACUGGGUCGCGCCUUUAUGACGACUUCCGCCGUGAAGCCUCCAGGUUGAGGGCGGAAGCGAGGGCUACCAGACGCUGGUGACACCAGUAGUUCCAGACUCACGUGGAAGCAGCCCUCAGGAUGCUGCGUCGCGAGGCCCGCCUGCGCCGCGAAUACCUGUACCGCAAGGCCCGCGAGGAGGCGCAGUGCACCGCUCAGGAAAGGAAGGAGAAGGUCCGGCGCGCUCUGGAAGAAAACCGCAUCAUUCCCACUGAAUUACGCCGGGAGGCUCUGGCCUUACAGAAGUCCCUGGAGUUUGAUGACGCCGGAGGUGAAGGUGUGACCAGCCAUGUUGAUGAUGAAUAUCGAUGGGCAGGGGUUGAGGAUCCCAAGAUUAUGAUCACUACCUCCCGAGAUCCCAGUUCCCGCCUGAAGAUGUUUGCAAAGGAACUGAAGCUGGUGUUCCCUGGUGCCCAGCGCAUGAACAGAGGCCGACAUGAGGUGGGGGCACUGGUGAGAGCCUGCAAAGCCAACGGGGUCACUGACCUCUUAGUUGUCCAUGAACAUCGAGGCACACCGGUGGGACUCAUUGUCAGCCACCUGCCAUUUGGCCCCACUGCUUACUUCACACUGUGUAAUGUUGUCAUGCGGCAUGACAUCCCAGACCUGGGAACCAUGUCAGAGGCUAAGCCUCAUCUCAUCUUCCAUGGCUUCUCCUCUCGCCUGGGCAAACGGGUCUCUGACAUCCUGCGUUACCUAUUCCCUGUGCCCAAAGAUGACACCCACCGGGUUAUUACCUUUGCAAAUCAGGACGAUUACAUCUCAUUCCGGCACCAUGUCUACAAGAAGACCGACCACCGCAACAUAGAACUGACGGAGGUCGGGCCUCGCUUUGAGCUGAAGUUGUACAUGAUUCGCCUGGGUACACUGGAGCAAGAGGCUACAGCAGACGUGGAGUGGCGCUGGCACCCCUAUACAAACACUUCACGCAAGAGAGUGUUCUUGAGUGCUGAGUGAGCCCGCUGGCCAGCCAGGGUGUGGACUUGGAAACGGAAGUGGGUACUUGUCACACACGGGCUUGCUGAGCCCAGGUGUGGGGUAAUGGGCGGAUAUACAGCCAAAAUAAACCCUCUGUGUCACAC